AUGCACACUCUUGUAAACAACAAGACAGAAUGGAAAGUGAGAAGCUUACCUGCAAUAAUAAGGCAUCUCAACGCAGUAGAAAAUGGAAUAAUCCCCCAAUUGCCAGAGCCCACACACCAACCUUACACUCAUCCAAUAGCAUCAUGGAACCUGUUUGAAAUAAAUACGGGUUACUUCCCAUUGAACAAGAAAAAAGCUAUCAACAACACCGCACUCACCUCAACGAUGUUCCUUGAGAUUAGGAACAGUGAACAUAAAGACCACAUAGCCAUCUUCACUGACGGAUCAACUUGUCUGAAGACACUGAAGACCACCUGUUCUGUAUAUAUACCUGAAACAGACUUUAAAAAAGCAUGGUUACUAACAGAACCCACCAACAGCCUUAAUGCAGAACUAGCUGCCAUUAAACAAGCACUGAAGUGUACAUACAAUCAAAUCUGGAACGAAAUCACCAUAUUCACAGACUCCAAGUCAGCUAUCCAAGCAAUCUCCAACUUCAAAUGGGAAACAAGCACAUCCAUACCUGAAAUAAUACAAGAAAUAAACAAUCUCAAGUCAGCAGGAACAAAAAUUAACCUAUAUUAGAUACCAAGUCAUUCUGGAAUAAGAGGAAAUGAAAUCGCAGACCAGCUAGCAAACAUCAGAAGAAGUGCAGACGACGGGGCGACGAUGACGCACUAA